AUUAACAUUAACAUUACCGUUAUCCUCCACUUCUCUCCCUCUGGAUCGAGAAAAAUAAAUCUCCGAUCCAUUCUUAUCUCCAAUCACCGUAAACACCAAGGUUUAUUUGAUCUACUUCUAAACUUAGGGUUUGUGAGUUUGAUUCGGGGAUUCAAAAGAGAAUCUGCCAAUGGAGCGUUGUUUGUUGCGUAUAGAAGAAGAAACGAGUUAGGGUGAGAUUUGAUUUGUGUAGAUGGUGACGAUGAAAAGCCCUUUGAGGAUAUUCAUAGAGGUUUCGAUGAAGGAAUUGAUUAGAAGUUUCAGGAGGCAAAGGAUCAGAUGGAGAAACGCGUUUCUUCUCGGUUCUAUAAUGACCACCAUUGUUAUUCUUCUUCACACACCCACAUUUUCUAUCUUCUCCGAUGAUGAAGAAACCGAGUCUUCUUCUUCGCCUAUCUACUUGAACGGUUCUCUUCAUUUGAAUAUCCAAAUUGUUAGUGAAGCAAAGGUUGAAAGCUUUCCUUCUCUUACAACGACUCCUGUAGUGAAAAUGAAUUCUUCCUCCGAGAUCAAACGUGUAGAUGAAGAAACCAAUCUACCGAGGAAAAGACAAAAAAGGAAGAGAAGAAAGAAGACAAAAGACGAUCUCAUUCUCACUGAUCCUCCACCAGCACCACGACAUAUUCUUUCUUCCUCAGAGAGACGUGCUCUUUCAUUGCCACCAAAGGAAGCUUUAGCUUUUGCAAAGCUGGAAAUUCAGCGAGCACCUGAAGUCGUGAAUGACACGGAACUGUUUGCUCCAGUGUUUCGUAAUCUCUCAAUUUUCAAAAGGAGCUAUGAGCUUAUGGAACUUAUUUUAAAGGUCUACAUAUACCCCGACGGAGAGAAACCGAUAUUCCAUCAACCGCAUUUGAAUGGUAUAUAUGCUUCAGAAGGUUGGUUCAUGAAGCUAAUGGAGUCAAACACACAGUUUGUAACCAAGAACCCUGAGAAGGCUCACUUGUUCUACAUGCCGUACAGUGUGAAACAGCUUCAGCAUGCUAUCUUUGUUCCUGGAUCACAUAACAUUAAACCUUUAUCGAUCUUUAUAAGAGACUACGUCAACAUGCUCUCCAUCAAAUACCCUUUCUGGAACCGCACUCACGGAUCAGAUCACUUCCUCGUCGCUUGCCACGAUUGGGGUCCUUACACGGUGAGCGAGCACCCGGAGCUAAGACAAAACACUAUUAAAGCUCUAUGUAACGCAGAUUUAUCAGAUGGAAUCUUCGUCCCCGGAAGAGACGUUUCUCUCCCGGAGACUUCCAUAAGAAACGCCGGGAGGCCGCUCCGUAACAUAGGAAACGGAAACAGAGUUUCCCAACGUCCGAUCCUCGCUUUCUUCGCUGGAAACCUCCACGGUCGUGUCCGUCCACAGCUUCUAAAACACUGGAGAAACAAAGACGACGACAUGAAAAUCUACGGUCCGCUUCCGCACAACGUAGCUCGUAAAAUGACGUACGUGCAACACAUGAAGUCAAGCAAAUACUGUCUAUGUCCAAUGGGGUACGAAGUGAACAGUCCACGAAUCGUUGAGGCUAUAUAUUACGAGUGUGUCCCCGUAAUCAUUGCUGAUAACUUCGUCUUGCCGUUCAGCGAAGUGCUUGAUUGGUCUGCGUUCUCAGUGGUUGUGCCGGAGAAGGAUAUUCCACGGAUUAAGGAAAUACUGUUGGAGAUUCCGAUGAGGAGAUAUCUGAAGAUGCAGAGCAACGUGAAGAUGGUUCAGAAACAUUUUUUGUGGAGUCCUAAACCUAGAAGAUACGAUGUGUUUCAUAUGAUACUUCACUCUAUUUGGUUUAACCUUCUCCAUCAUAACCAAACUUCUACUCAUGUUCCCAGUUUCAGACAACAUCCUUGAUUAUGUCUAUAUAUAUAAAUACAAAGUUGCACUAGUUGACAUACUCGUUCUUUAAGGCCCAUAUUGAGUAUUAAUCGGCUUAAAAGAUGGCUCAAAUGAUCCCCCAUCAGAACCAAACUUUUACUCAUGUUCUCAGUUUCAGACAGCAUCCUUGAUUAUGUAUAUAUAUAUAAAAACAAAGUUGCACUAGUUGACAGUCUCGUUAUUUAAGGUUCAUAUUGAAUAUUAAUCUGCUUAAAAGAUGGCCCAAGUGAUCCCCCCCCCUCCAAUGUACAGUCUACUUGGUUUAACCUUCUCCAUCAGAACCAAACUUAUACUCAUGUCCCCAGUUUCAGACAGCAUCCUUAUUAUGUCUAUAUGUAUAAAAACAAAGUUGCACUAGUUGACAUGCUCGUUUUUUAAGGCCCAUAUUGAAUAUUAAUCGGCUUAAAAGAUGGUCCAAAUAAUCCCCCCAAUGUAGAGUCUAUUUUUCCGUAUAUUGGUGGUGAAAGAUGACAAAUUGUUCCGAUCCAAUCAGAUCUCUUUUUCUUUGUAGCACCAUAUCCAUAUUUGUAUUAUUAAAUACUAGAUCUAGACUUGUGCCUUGCACAGAUUUUGCUAUAUAUAUAAAAAAACAAAGUUGCACUAGUUGACAGGCUCGUUCUUUAAGGCCUAUAUUGAAUAUUAAUCGGCUUAAAAGAUGGCCCAAAUGACCCCCCCCCCCAAUGGACCCGUGCGUUGCACGAAUUUUAUUUGAUGUUAUCACUAACACAUAAAAAAUGAAAAUAUUGUUUCACUUUAGUUCUUGGAUUUUAUGAUAAUUAUGAUAAUCUCUAGUAAGGAUAAUGGUAAAACAAUUUAAAGUUUUUUUUUUUGUGCAACCCAUAAUUUAAAGCUAUAUCAAGAAAAGAAACACACCAAAUAUUUUUCUUGUAUGAAAGAAUUUCCGAUUUUAAGCAAUAAUUUUUUUGUGACAAAAUCCAGGAGAGUUUAAUAUUAUAUAUUGAUGUGAAUAAUUGUAAUAAAUUUUGGAUUAUGAUUUCUUAAAAAGAAAAUUUACUAUUUAAAUAGGAAAUUUUAUUAUUUAGAAGGAAAUUUUGAAAUAUUUAUUUUACAAUUUUUUUGUUUUAAUAAGAAAAAUACUAUUAAAUAAUUCUUUUGUGUUAUUAUCUUAUUAUAUCUAUCUUAUUAAUUAUGAUAUAUUUUAACACAUGUCAUCAUCCUAAAUUUUUAAUUGUCAUGUGUCACCAUCAUAUUAAUUAUCGACUUUGAACUAAUAUUUUGCUAUUGGUUUAGGAUUUUAAAAAAACACUAUUAAAUAAUUCCUUUGGGUUAUUAUCUUAUUAUAUUUAUCUUAUUAAUUAUGAUAUAUUUUAACACAUGUCAUCAUCUUAAAUUUUUAAUUGUCAUGUGUCAUCAUCAUGUUAAUUAGCAACUUUGAAAAACCAAGCUUUAUAUAAUAAGAUUUGAUAUAAGUUUUAUAAUUGGGUAUGAAGUAUAAAUUUACUUUUAUUGUUGAAAUAAGUGUGGACAUUGUGACCAACAAAAACUGUAUCAUAAAACUUUUAUUUUAGGUUCAGAAAAUGUAUUAGCUAAUUACACAAAUGAUAAGGUCAUAUACUUAAUCAAACUCUAUAUUACUAACAGCAAACAAAUUAUCUAUUAACAGAAAAUCAACAAAAAUAUCUUAAUUGUUUGAAGAUAUAUAAAUUUAUUUGAUUUAGGAAAAUAUCCUCAUAAAUAAAUUAAGCCGUUCUUGCUGCUAAAAUAAAUAAAUACCUGCAGUCGUACAUGAACGUAUGUCCGUAUACAUAAACCUAAACCUUUUUGUAUCAACCUAUUAAAAACUAUUUUUGAUCAACCUGUAAACCUAAACCUUCCGAUUAUCCUAAGAGAAAGAAAAAAAGAAAUUUUAAGUACAUCGAGCAAAACUGUUUCGGUGAUAGUCGUGAAGUAAUUAAGGUAUUGCUUUAGGAAUAAGUAAUGGCCCAUAUGAUUUAAACAAUUGGACCAAUUCCAUCGACCAUCUAUAAUUGUGACAUGUACAUCGCUGAUGGGCGGGUGGUCCUCUACGUAUUAUUAUGUGUCUAC